ACCGGAUGGCGUUUGUGUGGAGGAAGUUUUGUUUUGCGAGUUUUCCGUCCGCUUCAACUGCUUUUCAUUAGUAGGACCUAAAAUUAUGUUUAUGUAAAGCGCGCUACAAUUAAACAUUCGGUUGUUCAAAGGAAGACUACACCACCUGGGUUUUGUGUGGCGACGGGAUUCAACAGUUUGAGUAACCCGAGAGCACCUUGCUGCUAAGCUAACGGUGCCUGGCUAGCGUCAUUAUUCUCCCGGUCUGCGUUGUGUCGGAGCUGCUGUCGGAGCUCGGGAACCAUGGGGAACCGGGGCAUGGAGGAGCUGAUCCCCCUGAUCAACAAGCUCCAGGACGCCUUCAGCUCCAUCGGGCAGAGCUGCAACCUCGACCUGCCGCAGAUCGCCGUGGUCGGCGGGCAGAGUGCAGGGAAGAGCUCCGUCCUAGAGAACUUCGUUGGCAGAGAUUUUCUGCCGCGUGGGUCAGGCAUCGUCACCCGCAGACCUCUCAUUUUGCAGCUGGUCAACAGUAAUACAGAAUAUGCGGAGUUCCUGCACUGCAAAGGGAAGAUGUUUGUGGAUUUUGAUGAAGUGCGGAGGGAAAUUGAAGCGGAAACCGACAGAAUAACGGGAUCUAAUAAAGGCAUCUCCCCCGUCCCAAUUAACUUGAGGGUCUUUUCUCCAAACGUGUUAAACCUGACCCUGAUCGACCUUCCGGGUAUGACCAAGGUUGCGGUAGGAGAUCAACCACACGACAUCGAGUAUCAGAUUAGAGAAAUGCUGAUGCAGUUCAUCUCCAAGGACAGCUGUUUGAUCCUGGCCGUCACCCCUGCUAACACCGAUCUGGCAAACUCGGAUGCUUUGAAGAUUGCCAAGGAGGUCGACCCACAAGGGCUGCGUACCAUUGGUGUUAUAACAAAACUGGACCUGAUGGAUGAAGGCACAGAUGCAAAGGAAAUCCUCGAAAAUAAAGUGCUUCCACUGCGGAGAGGUUACGUUGGUGUUGUGAACCGCAGUCAAAAAGACAUCGACGGGAAGAAAGACAUUCGUGCUGCUCUGGCUGCAGAGAGAAAGUUCUUCCUGUCCCACCCCGGUUACAGGCACAUGGCAGAGCGAAUGGGUACCCCACAUCUACAAAAGGCGCUAAACCAGCAACUGACCAAUCACAUUAGGGAUACCCUCCCUGGUCUGCGCAGUAAGCUGCAGAGUCAGCUCCUCUCCCUGGAGAAGGAGGUCGAAGAGUACAAGAACUUCCGUCCAGAUGACCCGACACGCAAGACAAAGGCCUUGUUGCAAAUGGUGCAGCAGUUUGGUGUGGAUUUUGAAAAAUGCAUCGAGGGCUCCGGGGACCAGGUGGACACCAACGAGCUGUCAGGUGGUGCCAAGAUCAACCGCAUCUUCCAUGAACGCUUCCACUUUGAGCUGGUCAAGAUUGUGUUUGAUGAGAAGGAGCUAAGGAGGGAAAUCAGCCACGCAAUCAAAAAUGUGCAUGGUGUCAGAACGGGGCUUUUUACUCCAGACCUGGCGUUUGAGGCCAUCGUGAAAAAGCAGAUUGUUAAGCUGAAAACACCCUGUCUCAAAUGUAUCGAUCUGGUCAUUCAGGAGCUCAUCAACACAUUCAGGCAGUGCACCAACAAGCUCAGUUCCUACCCCAGGCUGAGAGAGGAGACUGAGAGGAUUGUCACCACCCAUGUCAGAGAACGAGAAGGGAAGACCAAGGAUCAGGUUCUGCUGCUGAUUGACAUUGAGCUGUCCUACAUCAACACCAACCAUGAGGACUUCAUAGGCUUUGCUAAUCUUGACUACAGAAGGCUGGAUGAUGGUAGCCCCCCAGGGUACAACAACAACAGUGCUCAGCAGAGGAACACUGCGGUGAACAAGAAGAGGGCCAUUCCUAACCAGCUUGAUGGAUUCGGAGAAGUCAAGGAAGAAAAGGUAAUCAGGAAAGGCUGGCUAACCAUUAACAUCAGCAUCAUGAAAGGAGGCUCCAAGGAAUACUGGUUUGUCCUGACGGCCGAGUCCCUGUCCUGGUAUAAAGAUGAGGAGGAAAAAGAAAAGAAGUACAUGCUGCCCUUGGACAACUUAAAAAUCAGAGAUGUUGAGAAAGGCUUUAUGUCCACAAAACAUAUCUUUGCAAUCUUCAACACCGAACAGAGAAAUGUGUACAAGGAUCUUCGGCAAAUAGAGCUGGCCUGUGAUUCUCAAGACGAUGUGGACAGCUGGAAAGCUUCCUUUCUCAGGGCAGGAGUUUAUCCCGAGAAAGACCAGGUUGAUAACGAAGAGGCCGCCCCUACAGACUCCUUCUCCAUGGACCCCCAGCUGGAACGGCAGGUGGAAACCAUCCGCAACCUGGUGGAUUCAUACAUCGGGAUCAUCAACAAAUCCAUCAGAGACCUUGUGCCCAAGACUAUCAUGCAUCUCAUGAUCAACAGUGCGAAGGAUUUUAUCCACUCGGAGCUCCUGGCUUAUCUUUACUCAUCUGGGGAUCAGAACAGCCUCAUGGAGGAGUCAGCUGACCAGGCCCAGCGCAGAGAUGAAAUGCUGCGCAUGUAUCAUGCGCUCAAGGAAGCCCUGCACAUUAUCGGCGACAUCAGCGCCACCACAAUCUCCACGCCAGUACCGCCGCCUGUAAAUGGUAACUGGCUCCAGGAAAACAGCCCGACCCCUCAGCGCAGACCGGCUCCUGCGGCUGCUCAGCCCCCCAGCCGUCCGCCUGCUGUCCGGGGCCCGACACCAGGACCUCCCAUGAACCCUUCUCCCGUCUUCGGAGCUCCACUCAACCCGUCUCCAGCCUUCGGUGCCCCUCCCAUCCCCUCGCGCCCGGGCCCGCCCAUGAACGCCUUCAACAGCCAUCAGGAUUCCUUCAACGCACCACCACAGAUCCCGUCACGACCAGCCCGCGUCCCACCCGGCGUGCCCAGUCGAAGACCCCCUGGUGCUCCGUCUCACCGGCCCACCAUUAUCCGCCCUGCUGAGCCUUCCCUGCUAGACUAGAGCUGUGGCCGAGCCCACCUAGGCGUGUGUGUCUCUGUGUGGGUGUCGGUAUCUGCGCACUGUUGGCCGGUGGCAGGCGUUCAAGGGGGAAGGGCUGACUUAGAGUGAUGCAUAACGUAAAUCUUCCAGCCACAUCGAUACGUUUUAUCAUGCAAUGUUAAUAAGCUGCUAAUACUUUCCAUUUAAGUGCACAGAAAGGAAAGAAAGCCCAUAACCACUUGAAUAUUACAGUUGACAGCUCUGGAAAACAAAAACCCAGGUGAUUUCGGUGAGGCAUUGUUGCUUCCAGCGGUGGAUGAUGAUGUUUCCAAUGCAGGUUUUUUUUUUUUUUUUUGUCAUAGCUGGUCUGUUUCCUAAACAGUUACUUUUCUAUUAUUUUCCAACGUUCCCAGUGUUUUAUUACUUACGUUAUUAUUAACUUAUUAACUGGAACAGCCCCCCCCGCUGCCUCCUUUCUAGGAAGGCCCAGGCACUUUGUGUCACCUGUUGUCACGUUUCACUGGGUUUCCACGUCCCCAAUCAUUUCAUAAUGAAAAACAACAGCUUAACAUCAACAGUUUUUUUUUUUUUUUUUUUUUGGUGAUGUCAAUUAUAUAAAUAUAUAAUUUUUUUUCUUGUGUUAUUUUAUUUGAGUGAGUCGUUUUUUAAUGACCGUUAUAAAUGUAGCUUUAAAUGGAUUUCUAAUAGCAGCAGAGACGAAGCAUAUAAAAGACGCAGGACGGGGGUCACAUGACUCUGAGAGAAGAUCGUCAGCUUCCCCGUCUGCGGAUCACACUUCAACGAUGACGCGGCAUCAACUAGAUUGACAUUUGUAAUCCAUGCACUUCUAACCAUCUAGCCUUACAGGAAUCCACUCAGAACAGGGUCGUUGUGGUCAGUUUACCUGAAGACUAUGCACAAACACCCUGGAGAGGGAAAGAGAAGACAGACUCAAGGCUGUCUGGACUUGCUGAGAAGUCCACUAAUUCUCAGAUGUUCAAGUAUGACUGUUAGCCCGUUUACUCUCAGCUCAACUCCAGUUAGGUUUGAGUAGACUCUAUAUUGUCUGGAUUAGUUUAUUCCCGUAGAGCAACAUGCACAGUGCAGUUGGAUAGUUGUACAGAACUGGGUGGGUGGUGCCGGGUGUUUAGAUGACACAUUUGGGUUUUAGAGUAUGAAGAUUGACUCUGUGAGCUUUUCAAAUACCUUUUAUCAUUAUUAUUAUUAUUACUGCUAUCAUAUCUGCUUCCAUGCAUUAAAAAUAUCAUUGUAUAUAGCUCGCCUACACUGGGAUUUGGCUCAUGUUUCAAUUCAUUGCAGAUGCAUAAUAUCAGUAGUAAUCAAAGCCCAGCCUGUCGAAAUGCAACUGUAGUUUUGAAAUGAGGAGUCACUAACCCCUGUCUUAUCAUUUAUUUAAAUUCUGUGGAGGGGGGAAAUAUUGGUCAUACUUUAUUUAUAAUCUGGGCAUUUCUCAUGUCUUUUCAUGUUUUUGGUAGCAGUUGUAUCAGCUCUGGACAACAUUAUUUUAUCCAGUUUCCUAGCUUUUGCUGAAUUAUUAUGGGGUUUCUGCUGCAGGGGUUGGCUGUUAGACUGUAUUGGGAGUGCACUUGGGUUUUGAUACACAGCUGUGAUGAUUUGCUGAUAAAUAUCUUUGGAUUGCAUUUAGUUUUGUUUUUUUUAAGCCAUUAAAAUCUGUUUCUCAUGAACAUCCUCAGAUGUUUGGGGGGAGGGAUGUGGGUCAGGCGACAGUAAUGAUGGGUUACUUGAAUGUUUUUCUUCUGCUUUUGGUUUGAUCAGUUCUGGUGGGAGUUGUGGUGUAUAAACUCACAUCCUGUCUAGAGAAACAGCCUCGACUUUCCUCAGGUAAGAGGAUACAGACAACCUGACAAUUACAAUUAAACCAAAAAAAAAACAAAAAAACAACAAAUUGACAAUUCGGUGAAGUUCAAAACUGUAGCCUCAAGACAGAAUGUGCUUUUUUGUUAUUUUUAUCUUAUUUGUUUCCAGGACUUGCUGAGUGACAAAGCUAGAAGAGAUAAUUUGAUUCUAAAAACAGCCAAAAGUGAUACAAUCGUGGCCUUUUUAGCAUUACAUUUUUCACAAACUCACGCUCAACUAAAUUUAGUAGUAAAUCUGAUAUAACCUGUUCUGCAGAGUUUGUUGACGUUCUUUGUGCCUGUCACUUCAGCCUUGUCUUGGGAAGAUUAGACUGUAAAUGCCUUUGUCACACAUGGGCCUGCGGGAAUGCUGCGUGUCUCCUUUUGUACUCUCUCCUUCCUGUUUCCCUCCCUUCUCUGAAUUGUGAAGAAGAGGUUGGAAACUAACCUUCAAAAGUCUUGUUUUGCAAACCCUUGUCAAGUGCCUCUGUAGUAAUUAAUUGAUUGAAUAAAACAUGAACUGAUUUAGAAAUGGAAUAAAUAAAGAGGUGUUGUGUACAAUAAAGGGACUGGCUCUGGUG